AUGGGAGGGUUGCUGUUGCUGCUCUUGUUGAGCACGGUGAUGGCCCUGGCGUCCUUCUUCGCCGGUUCACUACCUCUCGCCAUCUCCCUGACACAAUCACAACUCCGAUUCAUAUCCAGCGUAGGCGUGGGCAUUCUAGUCGGGACCUCAAUGAUUGUAAUCAUACCCGAAGGCAUUGAAGCGGUCUCGACCACAGGAGGGCACCAGCAUGAUAAGAGAAGCUUGGCUGCAGCGGCAGGCAAGCAAGGGAGGCUCGACGUGCGAUGGACGACGGGCGAUGAUAUACCCCAACUGGCGCCCGGCGCCGGUUCUACGCGAGCGCGGGACGAGCUUGCAUCACUUGGACAAGUUGAUGUGGAAGGUGUGAGGCUGCGUGGUCGAGAGGAGCCGGCUCCGGGCGAACACGGUCAUGGCCAGACGGCACCGGUCCAUGCCCCGGGUACCGAACCGAAACACGAGGAGAAGCACACCGAGGUGCCAACGUUUUACAUUGGACUUUCCAUGAUCCUCGGGUUUGUCCUCAUGUUCCUCAUCGACAGGCUUCCUCGCCACGCGACGGAUCGCCUGGGAACGGAACCGCAGAUGCGGCACGUCAGCUUGGAUAACCUUGGUGGGGCAUCAAGCGGCGUCGAUGAGGAGUCGGAAGGGUUCUUGGGUCCUCUGGCGCCGCCGCCGAAGCAGUCGCGAAGCCUCGCGACCACGAUUGGUUUGGUGAUACACGCCGCGGCAGACGGAAUCGCCAUGGGAGCUUCGACCUCCACAUCCAACACCAAGCUGGGCUUGAUCAUCUUCGUCGCCAUCAUGGUUCACAAAGCUCCGGCCGCGUUUGGCUUGACUUCGGUCCUGCUCAAGCAGGGUCUGACAAAGCGUACAGCCAGAGGACACUUGAUCGUCUUCAGCCUUGCAGCCCCGUUCGGUGCCUUGAGCACGUGGGCUAUUAUUCAGAUUCUAGGCGGAGGUAACCUUGACGGUGAGUCCGGCCAGUGGUGGACCGGCAUGCUUCUGCUGUUCUCGGCAGGAACUUUCCUCUUCGUCGCGAUGCACGCCAUGCAGGAGGAGAGCGGCUCCCCGAAGCACGAACACGGCGGAAUGAAUGGUUUCUCGGAAGGAGGCGGCGCGCAGAGGGGGCAACACCGGCCGCAGAUGCGCGAUACCUUUGCGACUGUAGCCGGCAUGCUCCUGCCUUUGCUUACUCAGUUUGGGCAUCACCACUAA